AUGGCAGAAGCAAUUGUGGGUGGAGCAUUUCUCUCUGGCUUUGUUAAUGUUGUUUUUGAUCGGCUUCUUUCACCUGAAGUUGCAAGAUUGAUCCGAGGCAAGAAGCUAGACCAUAAGUUAGUUGAAAGGUUGAAGACUGUUCUACGUGCUGUUGAGGCUGUGCUUAAUGAUGCUGAGCGCAAACAAAUCAAUGAUGAUGCUGUGAAGAAGUGGCUUCAUGAGCUCAGAGAUGCUGUUUAUGUGGCUGAUGACUUGUUGGAUGGUCUCUCUACCGAAGCUGCCACUCAUAAGGCUCAUAAGAAGGUAAGUAACUUUUUCUCUCGCUUUCUCAAUCCGCGAGAUAGAAAGAUGGUGAGUGAAAUGGAAGACAUCACUAUCAGGGAUAAAGAUAAGGAGAACAUGAAAAAGCUACUGUUAGACGAAAGUAGUGAGGAAAAUGUUUGUGUGAUUCCUAUUGUGGGCAUGGGUGGAGUUGGAAAAAACACUUUAGUCCAGUGGUUGUACAACGAUGAGGAUUUGAAGGAGGAGUUUGAUUUGAAAGCAUGGGUUUGUGUUUCUGAAGAAUCUAAUGUUGUUAACAUUACAAAGUGUGUCACAGCCGCGGUUAAUCGUGCUGCUUGCGAUGCAGAGGAUUUAAAUUUACUUCAACUUAAUUUGGAGGAAAAGUUGUCAGGGAAGAGGUUUUUGGUUGUUUUGGAUGAUGUUUGGAACAUUGAUCAACACGGUUGGAAUAAUUUUAAAAAGCCUUUUCAAAACGGGAUUAAAGGAAGUAAAAUUCUUGUGACAACUCGACUUGAAAAGGUUGCUUCAAUUGUCCAAACUGUUCCACCGUACCCUCUACAUGAGUUGUCGGAUCAAUAUUGUUGGUCAGUGUUUGCAAAGCAUGCCUGUUUUCCAGAAUGUGGUGGUGAUUCAAAUCUGGAAAGAAUUGGUAAGGACAUUGUGAGGAGGUGUCAAGGAUUACCUUUGGCUGCAGAAACCCUCGGUAGUCUAUUGCAGACAAAACAUGAUACAGGGGAUUGGAAUACUAUAUUGACGAGUGAACUUUGGGAAAUUCCAAUGGAAGAUAAUAAAAUUAUUCCAGCUCUAAAAAUAAGUUAUUACCAUCUCCCUCCACAUCUAAAACGUUGUUUUGCUUAUUUCUCAUUGUUUCCCAAGGAUUAUCAAUUUUCUAAAGAUGAAUUAAUCCCCCUGUGGAUGGCAGAAGAUCUUCUACGAUCACCAAAGAAAGGAGAGACGUUGGAAAAAGUUGGUUCUGAGUGUUUUGAUGAUUUGACUUCUCGAUCUUUUCUGAAAAAGCUGAUAAGCAGAACUCAUGAUGUGUAUUUUGUAAUGCAUGACCUGAUGCAUGACUUGGCCAUAUCUGUUGCUAGGGACUUCUAUUGUUGGUCAGAAGAACUUGGGAUGUUUGACAAGAGCAAGACUCUUACUCGUCAUUUAUCGUAUGGAAGGUUGACUCAUCCAAUCUCAAAAAAUGUCGAUGCUAUUGAUGAAUUAAAAUCUUUGAGAACAUUUUUGCAAGUCCAUUUCUCACCUCCUUCGUUCGGCUUUGGAAGUGUCAUUUUGAUCAUAUUAUCAAAGUUUAAGUACCUAAGAGUUUUGUCAUUCUACAAAUGUGAAGAACUUCAGGAAUUGCCUGAUCGAAUAGAAUCAUUGAGCAAAUUGUACAAUUUACAAACCCUGAAGAUGUCUUUUUGUCAUCUUCUAACUAUGUUGCCAAGUGGCAUGCAAAAUCUUGUAAACUUGCGAAGUCUGGAUAUUAGUGGUACUAAAGUAAAAGAGAUGCCUCGGGGAAUGAGCAAACUGAAACAUUUGCAGUUCUUAAGUAACUUCGUUGUGGGCAAGCAUAAAAAGAAUGGGAUCAAGGAAUUAGGAGAACUCUCUGAUCUCGAAUUCCUAGGGGUCAUGAAAUUGGAGAAUUUUACUAAUAGCAGCGAAGCAGAGGAGGCAAGGAUAAAGGAUAAGACGCACCUAAAAAGUUUGACCUUAGACUGGUCUCAGGACAGGAAUAUGAAUACAUCCGCCCACAUUGAAGAAAUAUUUGACAAGUUACAACCUCACAAAGGCCUAGAAGCACUUCAAAUCCCUGGGUAUAGGGGUUUGCACCAGGGUCUCACUGAUUUAACCAUUGGUGGUUCCAAUUUAUUCUUAAGGGAGGGUUUGUUGCCUCAGCUUCCGUCUCUUUCCACUCUACAACUGCUCAAGUUUGAAACUAUGGAGACGUUGGAUUGCAACAGCCUUCUCCACCUCACCUCCCUUGAAGUUUUACGUAUUGGCUACUGCCCCAAAUUGAAGAAUAUGGUGGGGAAAAGAUUGCCUCCCUCGCUGGUAAAACUUGACAUCUAUGGCUCUCCUUUGUUGGAAGAACGGUGCAAGAAGAAGCAUCCUCAAAUUUGGAAAAGAAUUUCCCACAUUUCUGGCAUUCAAGUUGACUGGAAAUGGAUUUCCCAGGAAUCACUUGACGGAAGAGUGAUUUACCUGCUUAUUGAUUCUCAGGAAAUGUCAAGCUGGUUCGCUAAUCAUGCUACUGUAAAAGCUCUGUUCAGGACACAUGUACAACGUCACUUUAAGGUGAAUGCAUUCUUCUGGUUGUCCUCGUCUGGUUGCACUCAUUUUGAAGUUCGUACAAAUGAUAUUCCAGUUCCUAAAGCAUUGACUCAGAGGAUGUUGAGAUUCCAUCAGACAAAUUUCUUCUAUAUCAACUUUUCAAUAUGGUGA